UGGGGGCGGGGCCCUGGAGUCCGGGCGCCUGGAACCCGGGGAGCCGAGGGGCUGCACGGAGCGCGCCCUCGGGCCCGGCGCGGGGGCGCCCAGGUCUCGGCGCACCGGGGGCUUGGGCUCCGGGAUAGAGUGCUUCCCUCUGAGGAGGGGGCACCUUGCCCCGGGCAGUCGAGGUCGGGGAGAGGGAAUCGGCGAGCCUGACCCCUGUGCGCAGCCUGGUUUUAGGAACAGGGUGUAGAGACGGCGACGGGACAGUGUUUGGGCGCAGAGCCCUGGACCCUGGGUUGCCCGCAUCAUUCCUCUUCCCCCUCGGCGCCUACGAGCUGUGAAGGUGCUCCUGGCAGUUGCAUGAGGUUGUGAUCUGCUGUCAGAGGGUAUUUGAGGUUCCGUUCCAGAAACUGGAGUCUGGAGUGGAGGGUAGGGGUCAAGUACUGCCCUGCACGAGGGAAAGGAGGAAGUGGUGGUCAGGUUUCUCCGUGCUUCCGGAAAUCUGCGGGAUCGGCUGAGACUGAAGGGCCCUGGAAGGGUCACUCUCUAGCUGUCUAACAAGAUUUUAUUUCACACAGCAAGGUCCUGGAGAUCAUGGUGAGCCUCUGCUUGCUCCACUGGGUUUGGAAGGACACCGUUUCUUCUUUGCUUGGGGCCCACAGGCCUGCAAUCUGUGCUCAGAGCGAACACAACUCGCAGUGGAAGUGAUCCCUUUUCUCCAUUUGCGCAAAAUGAGCGUGAGGUGGUUAAGCAGACCAGGAGCUCAACCUCACAUGGAGUCCAGCCUGCUGCUCUGAUGCCGAAGGGGAGGCAGAAAGUGCCACACCUGGAAGCCCUCUGGGGCCUGUCCACCUGCCUCUGGCUGGAGUUAGCCUGGCUCUUCUUACUGCUUCCCUGGGUCAUGGGCCUGGCAAGGACAGAUGGGCCUGGGGCUGAGGGUCCAGGGGGGCUAAGCUGGGCUGUGCAUCUGGACAAGCUGGAAGGUGAGCAGGAAGAAGAGACACUGGAGCAACAGGCAGAUGCCUUGGCCCAGGCAGCGGGGCUGGUGAAUGCUGGACGCAUUGGGGAGCUCCAGGGGUUCUACCUCUUGGUCCAGCCAGCUGGACACCGGCAGGAUGAGCAGGUGGAGGCCAUCCGGCAGCAGACGGAGGCUGUGCUGGCCAGGCACGAAGCUGUGCGCUGGCACUCAGAGCAGAGGCUGCUGAAGCGGGCCAAGCGCAGCGUCCACUUCAAUGACCCCAAGUACCCACAACAAUGGCACCUGAAUAACCGGCGGAGCCCCGGCAGGGACAUCAACGUGACAGGUGUGUGGGAGCGCAACGUCACUGGGCGAGGGGUGACUGUGGUGGUUGUGGAUGAUGGCGUGGAGCACACCGUCCAGGACAUUGCACCCAACUACAGCCCUGAGGGCAGCUAUGACCUUAACUCCAACGACCCGGACCCUAUGCCCCACCCGGAUGCGGAGAAUGGCAACUACCAUGGCACGCGGUGUGCGGGAGAGAUCGCCGCCGUGCCCAACAACAGUUUCUGUGCCGUGGGAGUGGCGUACGGGAGCCGCGUGGCAGGUAUCCGUGUCCUGGAUGGCCCCCUUACGGACAGCAUGGAGGCUGUGGCCUUCAACAAGCACUAUCAGAUCAAUGACAUCUACAGCUGCAGCUGGGGACCCGAUGACGAUGGGAAGACGGUGGAUGGCCCCCACCAGCUUGGAAAGGCCGCCUUGCAGCAUGGAGUGCUGGCAGGCCGCCAGGGCUUCGGGAGCAUCUUCGUGGUGGCCAGCGGCAAUGGGGGCCAGCACAGUGACAACUGCAACUACGACGGCUACGCCAACUCCAUCUACACGGUCACCAUCGGUGCUGUGGACGAGGAGGGCCGGAUGCCUUUCUAUGCGGAGGAGUGUGCCUCCAUGCUGGCAGUCACCUUCAGCGGCGGGGACAAGAUGCUGCGGAGCAUCGUGACCACUGACUGGGACCUUCAGAAGGGCACGGGCUGCACGGAGGGCCACACGGGGACCUCAGCUGCAGCCCCGCUUGCAGCGGGCAUGAUAGCCCUGAUGCUGCAGGUGCGGCCCUGCCUCACCUGGCGAGACGUCCAGCACAUCAUUGUCUUCACAGCCACGCAGUAUGAGGACCACCAUGCGGACUGGGCCACCAAUGAGGCAGGCUUCAGCCACAGCCACCAGCAUGGAUUUGGCCUGCUCAGUGCCUGGAGACUCGUUAAUGCAGCCAAGAUCUGGACGUCUGUCCCUUACUUGGCUUCCUAUGCCAGCCCCGUGUUGAAAGAGAACAAGGCUAUCCCACUGUCUCCCCGCUCCCUGGAGGUCCUGUGGAAUGUCAGCAGGACGGACCUGGAGAUGUCGGGGCUGAAGACCCUGGAGCAUGUGGCAGUGACCGUCUCCAUCACUCAUCCACGACGUGGCAGCUUGGAACUGAAACUCUUUUGCCCCAGUGGCAUGAUGUCCCUUAUCGGCGCCCCCCGCAGCAUGGACUCGGACCCCAGCGGCUUCAAUGAUUGGACCUUCUCCACUGUGCGAUGCUGGGGGGAGAGAGCGCGAGGGAUGUACAGACUCGCCAUCAGGGACGUAGGAGACGAGCCCUUCCAGGCCGGUAUCCUCCAGCAAUGGCGGCUGACCCUGUAUGGCUCUGUGUGGACUCCGGUAGACAUCAGGGACAGACAAAGGCUUCUAGAGAGCGCCAUGAGUGGGAAGUACCUGGAUGAGGGCUUCACCUUGCCCUGCCCUCCGGGGCUGAAAAUUCCGGAGGAAGAUGGCUACACCAUCACCCCUAACACCCUCAAGACCCUGGUGCUUGUCGGCUGUUUUACCGUCUUCUGGACCAUUUACUACAUGCUGGAAGUAUACUUGGGCCAGAGGAAUGGGGCCUCUCACCCGGUUUGUAGGACUGGACCCUGCCACUGGCCCCAGCGAAGCCAAAAAGCCGGGGCGGAGGAGACAGAAGUGGAGUCAGUGCCGCUUUGUGACCGCAAGGAUCCGGCCGGGGCGGAGGCGGAGGGUGAGGGCGCUCCCCGCCGCGCCGUGCGGGGGCCGGGGGCGUGGGGCCUGUCCCAGAGCAGGAGUGCCCCGGACGGCCCUCACCAGCCCCUGCGCCCAGACCUGCUGCGCGGGAGGGAGGAGCGGAUCUGCUGACCCGGGGCCUGGCAGGUCGGCGUGGACAGCCUCUUCCUUCCCGAGUCCGGGAGCUCGGGGGAAGGCGGCCCUGACCCUCGGUCUGGAGCCCAGAGGCCUUCAGCGCGCCCGCUGGCUGUGCUCAGGGAGGGCAGGCGCCUUCUCACGGGGAGUCCAGCGGUGGCGGGCGGGGCCAGAGACCGAUGCGGCAGCAGCCCCAGCCCUCCAGCUGAACGGGAGCUUCUGGUGAGAAGGUCUUGGACCAGGCGCCGGCCCCUCCCCACUGGACAAGUCUCCGUCCUCAUUUCUCCUGGACAGGCCAGUGGUGUGGGUCACGGACCCUCACCCAUGCCUGGCUGAGGGCGCCGGCCGCGGCCAGAAGAGCAUCUCCGCGGAAGCAUCACUGGGGUCACUUGGGAAGAGGGCUUGGGGUGAAGGCUGGGAGAACCCCCAGAUAGGCCUGUCCUCUUAAUGACUCAGGACCCAGAAAAAGCAGACUUUUCCUCUCUUUCUCCCACUUUCCUGUCUAAGACUCGGGCCUCGGAUGUACUGGUAUGGCGAUCGGCUGUCCGCCUGGCACGCCUGCCCUGAGGGCAGCUGCCCCCAUCAUCCCUGAGCAGGAGCCGACCCUGAACACCCCCCCUGGUGCCCUCACAGCCACCCCCAGCCCCCUCCCGAAAGAGCGGUACGCUGCUCCUGGCAAAGCCGGGACGGGCCUCACUAAGGGAGUGUGCCGGGGGUCUGUGGCAGGGGUCAGCGGCCACCAUGCCAGGCCUACGGCCACCCCGGCUUCCUCCCCAAAGUGCUCAGGGAAACGGCCUUACCCGCUGAGGCCAGCCGUCUGCCUGACAGGCUGGAACUCCCCCCCAUUCUUGGCCUCCUCCCUUCUGAGUGAG